AUGUUCAACCGCAAGUUCUCCAUCAAUCGCCAUACGGGCGUGCCCAAACCCGAAGCCCGACGCUUCAGUGUCGGGGAACCUUUGCAGAGUGAGGCCCAAUCCAAGACACAUCGUCAGUUUCGAAAUGCCGGCCACAUGCCCCAUGCCGGCCUCGACGCCAGCCGUGCAUCCACCGGCGUCGUCUGGUGCACUGAGCGGGCUAUCGAAUAUGGCUUCCUCGAGGAGCCCGAGGCUUGGGCCAACCUCGGUCAAGGUGCCCCCGAAGUAGAAGACGACAUCGCCGGCUGCUUCCAGAGGCCCAAGUCCAUUGAAAUCUCCCUCGCUGGCCGCGAAUACGGCCCCACAGCCGGUAUCAAGCCCCUCCGCGAGGCUGUUGCUAAUCUCUAUAACACUAUGCACCGCCAGGGCAAGGAAAGUCAGUACACCUGGGAGAACGUCGCCAUCGUCCCCGGUGGCCGAGCCGGUCUUAUCCGUAUCGCUGCUGUCCUUGGUAACUCGUACCUCUCCUUCUUCCUGCCGGACUAUACUGCCUAUAAUGAGAUGCUGUCUCUCUUCAAGAAUUUCGCCGCUAUUCCCGUGCCGCUAUCUGAAGACGACGGAUACCACAUUCAUCCCGAUAAAAUCGCCGAAGAAAUCUCCAGGGGUUCUUCGGUGAUUCUGACCUCGAACCCCCGCAACCCGACUGGACGUGUGGUCCGCAAUCCCGAGCUCGCCGAGAUCCAGGCCAUAUGUCGUGGCCGUGCCACCUUCGUCAGCGACGAGUUUUACUCUGGAUACAAUUACACCAGCGACUGCGACGGGUCAACCAUAUCCGCCGCCGAAAACGUUGAAGACGUCAACGAGGACGACGUCCUGAUCAUCGACGGGCUCACCAAGAGGUUCAGGCUACCCGGUUGGCGGAUCGCUUGGAUCCUCGGUCCCAAAGAAUACAUCAAGGCCAUUGGAUCCUGCGGGAGCUACCUCGAUGGAGGUGCUAGCCAUCCGUUUCAAGAAGCCUCCAUCCCCAUGCUUGAUCCAACUCUGGUCAAGCAAGAAAUGAUUUGUCUUCAAAGACAUUUCCGGGACAAGCGCGACUAUGUCGUGGAUCGACUGUGCGGGAUGGGCUUCAUCAUCCGCAUCGUCCCCGACUCCACAUUCUACCUCUGGCUCAAUCUCGAAGGCCUGCCGGGACCCAUUGCCGAUGGUCUGAAUUUCUUCCAGGCAUGCCUGGAAGAGAAAGUCAUCGUCGUACCGGGGAUUUUCUUCGACUUGAACCCAUCAAUGCGUCGCGACCUCUUUGAUAGUUCAUGCCACCAUUUUGUUCGCUUCUCGUAUGGACCCAAGAUGGAGACCCUAAAAAAGGGCUGCGAUGGUAUCGAGAGGGUGGUGACCAAGUAUAGAACAUCGGUGGGUGGGAGUGCAAUUGAAGAAUCGGUUCUGGACAAGUCGUAGGAGAGUGUCUCGAGAGUGCUAGAUCGGAGAUAGAUUGCAAGAGGGACUAGUAAACUAUACCCAGGGACGCGUUAGCCAUUUGUGUUGUCCGAAACCUGCCAA